UCUCUAGUUUUAACUUGAAGCUUCAUACUGAGAAUGGAAGAAACUGCGGCUGCUCUCAAUUCUCAGCCACUAUGAAACUCUGCGUAUGCGAGGCUUCUUCCACUUUGACUCUCUCUUCAUCUUCAUUCCCAUUGAACAACAACGACCCUUUUCUCUCCAACAAAAAUCAUCGCAUUGCCUUCUCCACCGCACCCAAGACCUGUUCCCUCACCACCACUUACGCCAAAAGAGCCGCUCAUCCCGGCGGAAACGAGGAGGAAACAGAUAAUAAGCCACAGAGGAACAAGAGGGUGCACUGCGAACUGGAAGUGCUUUCUUGGAGGGAAAGACGGAUCAAAGCCGAGAUUUCGGUUUCCGCUGACAUCGAUUCCGUCUGGGAUGCUCUAACUGAUUAUGAACGCCUUGCCGAUUUCAUCCCUAAUCUUAUUUGCAGUGGAAGGAUUCCUUGCCCACAUCCUGGACGAAUAUGGUUGGAGCAGAGAGGUUUGCAAAGGGCAUUAUAUUGGCAUAUUGAAGCGCGUGUUGUUCUUGAUCUCCAAGAAAUUCCCAAUUCAUCUAAUGGUCGUGAACUCCAUUUUACCAUGGUUGAUGGAGAUUUUAAAAAGUUUGAAGGGAAAUGGUCGGUCAAAUCUGGAACAAGGUAUGGUACUGCAAUUUUAUCAUAUGAAGUUAAUGUAAUUCCGAGAUUUAACUUCCCUGCCAUAUUCCUGGAGAGGAUUAUCAGCUCUGAUCUUCCUUUGAAUCUUCGAGCCUUGGCUUGUCAAGCUGAAAAGAUUUUUCAUGGGAAUCAGAAGAUGUCAAUAGCAAAAGAUUUGGUUAGAGCAUCUUAUCCUGUUCUUUCUUCACCUGUUAUGGACUCGGAUGGUGCACCUUUAGGAAUGGAGAAACCACCAUCAGUAGACCUAAAAAUAACUGGGCCUCUACCGUCUACAAGUGAGUUGAACAGUAACUGGGGUGUUGGAAAAGUCUGCAGAAUUGACAGGCCUUGCAUGGUGGAUGAAUUUCAUCUUCGUAGAUUUGAUGGCUUAUUGGAAAAUGGAGGCGUCCAUCGUUGUGUUGUUGCUAGCAUAACCGUAAAAGCUCCUGUUCGCGAAGUUUGGAAUGUUUUAACUGCAUACGAGAGUCUUCCAGAGAUUGUUCCGAAUUUAGCUAUCAGUAAAGUCUUAUCACGCGAAAACAGCAAAGUUCGCAUUCUUCAGGAGGGAUGCAAGGGAUUGUUGUAUAUGGUAUUUCAUGCUCGGGUUAUUUUAGAUCUGCAUGAACAACUUGAAAAAGAGAUCAGUUUUGAGCAGGUUGAAGGGGAUUUUGAUUCCUUUCAGGGAAGAUGGCAUCUAGAGCAACUUGGAAAUCAUCACACACUACUGAAAUAUUCCGUGGAGUCAAAAAUGCACCGAGAUUCCGUUCUUUCUGAAGCUCUCAUGGAAGAGGUUAUAUAUGAAGAUCUACCAUCCAAUUUAUGCGCGAUUCGAGAUUGUGUUGAAAAAAGAGAGGCUGAAACUUCCUUGGAAACACAAGAAGAUCGACUGCUUUCAGGGCAGCAAACUUCUUCCUCCAGCAAUGGCAAUGAAACAGAAUGUAGUGAUACUGCUCACUCGGAUGCGGGUUCCAGUAAUGCUAAUUCACUUAGACAAAGACCCAGAGUUCCGGGCUUGCAAAGGGAUAUUGAAGUCCUCAAAACUGAGCUCCAGAACUUUAUAUCCGAACACGGACAGGAAGGAUUUAUGCCGAUGAGAAAGCAACUUCGUUUGCAUGGAAGAGUGGAUAUCGAGAAAGCAAUCACACGCAUGGGUGGAUUUAGAAGGAUUGCAUCUUCGAUGAAUCUCUCCCUUGCAUACAAACAACGCAAACCAAAGGGCUACUGGGACAACCUCGAGAAUCUGCAGGAGGAGAUUGAUCGAUUCCAGAGGAGCUGGGGGAUGGAUCCAUCAUUUAUGCCCAGCAGAAAGUCAUUUGAGCUUGCAGGUCGCUACGACAUUGCACGUGCAUUGGAGAAAUGGGGCGGCCUGCGUGAAGUUUCUCGUCUAUUAUCGCUCAAGGUGAGAAAGAAGCACAGGAGCAUACAGGCGGAAACCAGUGACAACGAAAAACCGAUGGAGAACAUAGCAGCAGCAAGUAGCGGCACAGAAAGUGAAGAAAAGAGUGGGAUAUUAAAGCCAUACGUUUCGCAAAAUACACAAAAGUGGCUCAGAAAGCUCAAAGAUUUGGAUAAUUUGUAUGUAUUUCUCUACUCUUCAUGAAGCACAAUUAAUUGACCUGAGCA